UUUUUAUAACCCAAUAUAAUUUGAUAAUAUAAAUCUUGUAAUUUUAUUUUGUUAAAAGUGUCUUUCCGAUAGCGUUUUUAAACAGCUUUUUGAUGUAAUUCUCUUUUUCCACAUUUCACCCCAGUGCUACUUACGGAAGUUUAUUAUUAUAGCGAGUUAUUGAGGAAGAGUCAACCUUAUUGUACGUGGACGAAGGAACCAUGAUGUCACUUUCUCUAAUGCUAUGUUGGACGUCAAUGCAUUUGUCUCAUCAGAUGUUAUACAGUUCGCCAAAUAACUCAUACGGCAUCGUCCUCAGAUUUACAGAAAGAGGGCUGGCCUACGCUGUGAAUAUAGCGAUCUAUAAGGAAGUUCCGAAGUGGAACUGGACGAAAAUCACAAAUGUUUCAAUUUCCAAUGUAAACGAAACUGCUGACGAGGUUAACUACUGGAUUGACAAGUUGGUUUUGAAUACCAAACCAAAGGAACCAAAAGAAGGAAUCCCCAAUAGUUUUUCUGUCACCAUUGAUCCAACUUUGCGAUGCCUGAAAGUAACAGCCUUAGACGCGUUUGCUUCGCUGCGAGGAAAAGUUCAAUGCCACAAUUUAACUGGAGACGAAAAGCAGAAUUGUUCGGUAAUUGUGAAGACACCAUGGUCCUUCAGAGUUAACAUCGACAGGGAUAAAGAUGGAUACUUAAUGUCACACAUGUGUAACAGCAGCGAUAAAUGCGCCAUCCCUUCGUCAGAUCCAGCACUUUAUCCAACAAUUGAGUUCUCAAACUGCACAAGAUCAGAGAAAAAAGUCUGCGCAAGAGGAAAAUCAACAUUUGAAGAACUCUUCAUAGAACAUCGCCUCAAUGAGACAUUGAAUGGAUUGAAGAAGGAGGCGUGUGUGCUGAUAGAAAAAUUCGUAAAUAAAAACUUGACGAUGUUAUUAAGAAACAAAAUAGAUUUAAUCCCAAACAUUAACAAAACAUUUACCAUUGACUUGUUGAUGCCUAAGAAACCUUUGUACAACGAAAGUUAUAUUGAUACUUUUCACAAGGGCACUGUUUCGUGGUAUACGACUGAUGAAAUUUACAAAACAACCCCCAUCUCUAACUAUGAUCUACCUUAUAAUAAUAGGAUGUUAUACUUGUGGGCGUCCGGUGAUACAAUAAAAGCGUUUCUGGAAGGGUUUCAAAUUCACGGAAAUCUACAUCAAAAAAUCACGGCUGAGGAUCUGAAGAACGGUGGUUUAAAUACAACCUGUCAAACUGGAGUCUGUGUUGGGAGAUUAGUGCCACUGUUAGCUGAAAAAUAUCCAAAUCAUUACAUUGACUUAGACCUUUACAGUUUGGAAACACCAGACGUAAAGUUCGAGCAGAACUUGGCUGUGAUAGAAGGCAAAAUCGUCAUGUUUGCUUACGUUAGAGAUCCAGUUCAAAAACAUGACAUUGAGACUAUCGGAAUAGCAAAAUUAAAUGGGAAAGUUAGUAUGCAGAUUAAAUUGUGGGUUAAUGGGAGUACAUUACAUGCAGUGGUUGAUGCUAUUGACCCGUAUUUAGAAAAUAUUGAUUCAUCGAUAUCGGAUUUCAACGUUCAGACGGUAAAUUUUAUCAUACGAAGCGCAGUGAUAGUCACAGUUGAGCCAUUAUUAAACGAGUUUGGAAAAACCGGAUUUGGUAUUCCUGUGGCUCAUGUAGAAUUAUACAAUUCUACAAUCGAACUUAGAAAGGAUAUAAUUCUAAUUGGAAGCGACCUUGUGCAUAUUGAAAAGUAGGAUGCUUUUGUCUCAAGACUUUGGUCCUGCCUGUAUAACUGGAUAUUGGGAAAAAAAGAUGCAAAAAUGAUUAGUUAUUCAGAUGUACAUGUAGAUCGUGGAGUUUUGAUAACCGACCAAUGAAAUAUCAGUCAAAAUGUUUUUGGGUUUUUUUUUUUUUUAAUAAAUUGUAUAGACAGUGGAGUAACUAUCAGAUUAAAACUGUCUAAUGAAAGAGAAUGAACGAUCGGAAAGGAAACAUAACUUAAAAGUGCAAAUUUUUCUCAAGAUUUUGCACUUUAUUGUAUUGUUUUUUUAAUUAUUAUUUUACUUUAUUUUUUCAAUACAUUGUAAUAAAUGUAUCUUAACGUG